ACUUGGGAUCUUUCUGGGAACCCCCCGCCCCGGCUGGAUUGGCCGAGCAAGCCUGGAAAAUGGUAAAUGAUCAUUUGGAUCAAUUACAGGCUUUUAGCUGGCUUGUCUGUCAUAAUUCAUGAUUCGGGGCUGGGAAAAAGACCAACAGCCGACGUGCCAAAAAAGGGGCAGACUUUGAUGGAGUUGGGUGGACUUUUCUAUGCCAUUUGCCUCCGCACCUAGAGGAUAAGCACUUUUGCAGACAUUUGGUGCAGGGGAGAUCAUGUUUGACUGUAUGGAUGUUCUCUCAUUGAGUCCUGGGCAAAUCCUGGAUUUCUACACUGCGAGCCCGUCUUCCUGCAUGCUCCAGGAGAAAGCUCUCAAAGCAUGCUUCAGUGGAUUGACCCAAACCGAGUGGCAGCACCGGCACACUGCUCAAUCGAUCGAGACACAAAGCACCAGCUCCGAGGAGCUCCUCCCCAGCCCUCCGUCUCCACUGCCUCCCCCUCGAGUUUACAAGCCCUGCUUCGUCUGCCAGGACAAAUCAUCGGGCUAUCACUAUGGAGUCAGCGCCUGCGAAGGCUGUAAAGGGUUUUUCCGUAGAAGUAUUCAGAAGAACAUGAUUUACACUUGUCACCGAGAUAAGAACUGUGUUAUUAAUAAAGUCACCAGGAAUCGAUGCCAGUACUGUCGGCUCCAGAAGUGCUUUGAAGUGGGAAUGUCCAAAGAAUCUGUCAGAAAUGACAGGAACAAGAAGAAGAAGGAGCCUUCGAAGCAGGAAUGCCCGGAAAGCUACGAGAUGACCGCGGAGCUGGACGAUCUCACAGAGACCAUCCGGAAAGCUCACCAGGAGACCUUCCCCUCGCUCUGCCAGCUGGGGAAGUACACCACGAAUUCCAGCGCUGACCAUCGAGUCCGACUGGACCUGGGCCUCUGGGACAAAUUCAGUGAACUGGCCACCAAGUGCAUUAUUAAAAUUGUGGAGUUUGCUAAACGUCUUCCGGGCUUCACCGGCUUGACCAUCGCGGACCAAAUCACCCUGCUAAAGGCCGCCUGCCUAGACAUCCUGAUUCUUAGAAUUUGCACCAGGUAUACCCCCGAACAGGACACCAUGACUUUUUCAGAUGGCCUUACCCUAAAUCGAACUCAGAUGCACAAUGCAGGAUUUGGUCCUCUGACUGACCUUGUGUUCACCUUUGCCAACCAGCUCCUGCCUUUGGAAAUGGAUGACACGGAAACGGGCCUUCUAAGUGCCAUCUGCUUAAUCUGUGGAGACCGUCAAGACCUUGAAGAACCAACAAAAGUAGAUAAGCUCCAAGAACCACUGCUGGAAGCACUCAAAAUUUAUAUCAGAAAGAGACGCCCCAGCAAGCCUCACAUGUUUCCAAAGAUCUUAAUGAAAAUCACAGAUCUACGGAGCAUCAGUGCUAAAGGUGCAGAACGUGUAAUUACCUUGAAAAUGGAAAUCCCGGGAUCAAUGCCACCUCUCAUUCAAGAAAUGCUGGAGAAUUCUGAAGGACAUGAACCCUUGACCCCCAGUUCAAGUGGGAACACAGCAGAGCACAGUCCUAGCAUCUCAUCCAGCUCCGCUGAGAACAGCGGGGUCAGUCAGUCACCACUGGUGCAAUGAGACAUUUUCAAACAUUCCCCACUACCCUCAGUUCCAGGAUUUAAAAUGUAAGAAAAACCAUUUUUACUGCUGCUUAGUUUUGGACUGAAAAUAUAUUAAGGACCAAGAAGUUUUCAUAUGUAUCAGUGUAUACUCCUGUCUAACUUACCUAAAAAUACGAACUUUAAAUUCUAAAAAUCAGCUAUUUCAUGCAACCAGUUUAAAAGCUUCUAUUUUCCUCUUUGAGCACCCACAAAUGCAUGACGAAGACCCCACCAAAAUGAUUGACGCCCUGGUUACCUUUCGGAGGACUUUGUACAUACAGACGUCUGACUGUUCUUUCUAGACUGUACGUUUGGUGCUUUUCCUUUUGUCCUGCAUAUUGAAAAUAACCAAGACACCAAGGCUGUGAGAGAGACUGUACGUAUCCACCUUUCACAGGGCCACCAAGACACUAAGGUCAGAGAGAGAACUGGGGCUGUUGUACAGUAUGACAAGAUAAUUCUGAGUUAGUUAGUAUGGAAGCUUGUCCUUGCUCUUUGAUGCUCUCAAAUUGCAUCUUUCAUUUCAUGUUGCCCAGUAAAAGUAUACAAAUUCACUGCACUAGCAGAAGAUAAUUCUGUAUCAGUUUAACUGCCAGUUCAGUUAAUCAGUGUCAUUUGUUCAAUCGUUAAUGUCACUUUAAAUUAAAAGUGGUUUAUUACUUGUUUAAUGAUAUAACUACAGUUUAAAAUUUUACAUUUUUACAGUAAUGAUAGCCUCCAAGGCAGAAAACACUUCUCAGUGUUAAUAAGUUUUUGUUUACCUGUUCACAAGCCAUUAGGGAAAUUUCAUGGGAUAAUUCACAGGCUGCUCUAUCACCUGUACCAUGAACGCUAGUGUCCUUCCAGAUUCAUGCCCAUGUGGGUUCUCCUUUGUUCAAUCACUAUGAAGCAGAGUGAAAGCUGUGGUAGAGUGGUUAACAGAUACAAGUGUCAGUUUCUUAGUUCUCAUUUAAGCACUAGUGGAUUUUUUUUAUAUAUAUAUAUAUAUAUAUAUUAGCAAGUCUGUGAUGUACUUCACUGGCUCUGUUUGUACAUUGAGAUUGUUUAACAAUGCUUUCUAUGUUCAUAUACUGUUUACCUUUUUCCAUGGAGUCUCCUGGCAAAGAAAUAAAAUAUAUUUAUUUUAAAGGUG